AUGGCGAGGAGGUGGAUGCACACUUGCACGACGUCACAUGACCAUUGCGCAGCUCGGAAGAGUAGGUUGUCAAACUUGGGUACCAGCCAAUGUCCUACUCGGCUCCUUGACCUUCAAAAAGCACAUUCGACCCGGCGUAUCCAGGUGGUGCACACGAAGACCGAAGCCAUCAAAAGCCCUUAUGUUACGUUGAGUCACUGCUGGGGAGCAAACCCUCCGAUAAAGCUGACAAACGCAAACAUUGAGCAAUUCUCUCGAGGGAUCGAGAUAAAGAAGUUGCCUCGGACUUUUCGCGAUGCUAUUGAAGUCUGCGGUUGGUACGGUUUUCGCUAUCUAUGGAUUGACUCUUUGUGCAUCAUUCAAGACUCUGAAGCCGACUGGAAGAAGGAGUCUACUGCUAUGAAAAGCACAUAUUCUCAGGGCGCACUGAACAUUGCUGCUAGUACUGCCGCCGAUAGCAGCUAUGGUCUCUUCGCACGAAGGUCCCCGUAUCUACUCGCCCCAUUAGUCUUGAAUGUCCCAGGAUAUGGCACGUGUAUACUACAAAAGUCCAUGGAGGAACUGUCAAAAUCAAUCACACAAGGGCCCCUGGCAUCUAGGGCUUGGGUAUUACAAGAGUGGGUUCUUUCGCCACGUGUGCUCCACUUUGGGCAACAGCUUUUCUGGGAAUGCUCAGAGACGCUGCUUUCCGAGUCCUUGCCACUCGGUUUUACUGGCCAUGAUUUACUUUCGGAACCGAGUUACUUCAUAUUGAAAAGGGUCAUUUCUUUCAUACACGGUCGCGAGCACCUAUCUGUGGACAAGGCAGGAGAAUAUCAGACGUGGAGAUAUAUUUGUGAAGAGUAUUCAAGAAGACAACUGACUGUGAGCUCAGAUAAGAUGGUCGCUCUCUCAGGGGUCGCCGAUCUAUUCCAAUCAUCUCUCAACGACACAUGUAUGGCAGGGCUUUGGAGAACCACAAUUGUCUCAGAUAUGUGCUGGCGCUGUUGGUCCGAAGCGGUUAUUUGGAUCACUCCAAUAAGCAGAAAGCGAAGAUACCCCUGGGAAUCUACACGACCCCGUGAUUACGGCGCUCCAUCUUGGAGUUGGAUGUCCGUACACAACGAAAUAGAAUAUCCAUGGCGCAGAUUGCUCCAUCAAAUAGCCGCCCCACGUUGGCCCAAUCGCAGUACAAGCCAUGAGAGGCCCAGGCCCACGGAAUGCAAUUCCAUCACUCUGUUUGGAGUACUUCGACCCGCGACAUGGAGCCUUCUUGGCAAAGACAAGCUCGGAGAAACCCAAUUCCGGAUUUUCUUAGAUGGAAUCAAGGCUUUCGACGCAACGGCACGGGUUGCCUGGGGAUACUUCAUACAGUCUGGAGUAGCAUCCAUAAGAGUCGAUGAUCUGGUGGGCCAGUCGUUUCCCGUUGAGGAAAUAUAUUUCCUCCCCCUGCUGGCCUCAACCACACACGGGAAUACACCUGCAAUUGCAGGAAUUAUCCUCUGUCAGGCCGAUGGAGUACGGUUUCGCCGCGUAGCAUACUUUGAGCUGUAUGAGCCUGGAAUUCUUGGACGAUUGUUUUUUGGACUCAAAUAUCCUGCUACGAUCCUCAACGACCCCUGGAAUUACUUCCAAGCAUAUGCAAAAAAGAACAAGACCGCCGCAGAUUUGGAGUUUUUCCAAAAACUUUUCCAGGGGGAAUCGCAAGAUUUCUUAAGUAUUCACGAUAUGGAUGAGUUCUGGGCAUGGCAGGUGAAGGAAGUUCAGAAAGCACUUGGACCGUACAAUGGCUCGAUGUUUCAACCUCUCGAAGCUCAAGAGAUCGAGAUCGUAUAG